CAGUAGCAUAAACGACAUUUCAGUGCUAAGAAGAAUGGUGACAUUGGCGUAGCCUAAGCUACGCUCAAAACCCCCUUUACAUUUCGAGGAUACGCUGACCAAACACACGUUAAAGUGGCUAUUUUGGCAUAGCGAUUUAGGGACAUCUGAAAGCAGACCAGAGAAAUAUACUAUACACAAUUAUGGACCCCCAGCUGGCUCAGCAGGCCUUUGAGGAACUAGGCACAUUAGUCUUGCUUGGAAUGCCAGUUGGUACAGAGUUUGGCAUUGACAUGAAUACCUGGAAUGUUGGGGAAAAAUUCAAAGGAGUCAAAAUGAUCCCUCCUGGAGUGCACUUUAUUUACUACAGUGCUGUUAGUAGACAAGGAGAAACUGCACCAAGGACUGGAUUUUUUCAUUAUUUUAAACAAAAAGACUUGGUGGUGCGGCAUUAUGAUCCUUCUGCUGAGGAUCUUGAAAGCAAAGAUCCUGAUCAUGAAGAAGUUGAGAGGAUUCGCACCAAUCUUCGAGAUCUUGACCGGUUUUUAGGCCCUUAUCCUAUGGAUUCAUGGAGAAAGUGGGUCUCUCUCACCCAGCACAUUUUUUUAGAAGACAUGGAAAGAAUGAUUCCAUUGACAGGCAAAAUCAGUUCUGUACCAGAGUUGAUUUCACUAAACCAAAGUUUUACAUCAAAUGCGGCAAACAAAAAAAAGAAUGAAGGCAAUAUAUCUCAUAGUUCAGAAGAGCAAUCUUCAGGAGAAAAUCAACAAGAAUGUGCCACCACUUCCUCUCAGCCAUAUAAAUCUUCAAUUCCUGACCUAGAGCCAAUGCCAGGUACAGAAAUAAGGUUCAGCAAGUUUCCUAGCCGACCAUAUCCCGAGGGGGCAAGCCCAAGUGAAAUCACCCGCUGUAGUCUUGAUUCAUCAUAUUCUGUUGAGAAGCUUGUUGAAAACAUUGGAAGGUAAGGAAUUUAGAGGAAG